UUUAGGUCUUUGUUGAAUUUUUAUUACUUGACGUAUUUUAUGGGUUGUUAGACUCACGAAAGUCUGGAGAUUUAUCCUAGAGAGCAACCAACCAUAAAUUGUUAUAUAAACGUGGCCCCCUGUUCUGCAUUCUCACACCAAGUUUGUUCGAACAAGCUAUGGGGCCUGUUGGUAUGAUAAACUUCUUGUCUGUCCUUUGUUGCCUUUGUUUAAACUUAGUCCUUGCCAUAGACACCAUUAGAUCUUCUCAAUCCAUCAAAGACAAAGACUCUGAUUACAUAAUCUCCAAUGGUAGUACGUUCAAACUGGGAUUCUUCAGCCCAGUAAAUUCAACCAAUCGCUAUGUCGGAAUAUGGUAUAAUAAAAAUUCUGUUUCCCCUGCCCAAUGGGUAUGGGUAGCUAACAGACAAAAACCCCUCAAAGAUGCUUCUGGGGUUCUUACUAUAUUUAAGGAUGGAAAUCUUGUCGUAUUAGAUGGACAAAAAAAGAUUCUUUGGUCAUCAGAAGUCACAAACUCUGUUGUCAAUUCAAAAGCCCAGCCUUUAGAUUCAGGGAACCUUGUCUUACAAGACACUACAGGGACAAUCAUAUGGGAGAGUUUCCAAUUUCCUACUAAUACAAUGUUGCCCAAUAUGAAAAUUAGUAGUAAUGCAAGAACAGGUAAGAAAGUUCAGUGUACAUCAUGGAAAAGCCCUUCUGAUCCAUCCAUCGGAAGCUUCUUGGGUGGUGCUCAACCUCAACAUCCUCCUCAAGCAUUCGUUUGGAAAGACGGGAGCCCAUUUUGGCGCAGUGGCCCAUGGAGCGGUCGGACCUUUAGUGGAAUGCAAGAAAUGUAUCAUGUAUUUCAAAAUGGAUUUAGUUUCGUAGAGGAUCAAGACGGAACAUUUGUUUUAAGUUUCUUUUAUGCGAACAUGUCUUUGUCACAUAUUGUCCUGACUACGCAAGGAGAUAUGGAGCUAAGAUAUUGGGAUAAUGAGAAGGAAGAUUGGAAGGUCUUGUGGAAAGCUUUGAAGAGUGAGUGCCAUUUUUAUGGUAUGUGUGGUGAAUUUGGAAGCUGUAAUUCACGGAACUCACCAAUUUGCAGCUGUUUACGGGGGUUUAAGCCAAAUGACACAAAAGAAUGGAAUAGAGGAAAUUGGACUAGUGGAUGUGUGAGGAGGACACCGUUGCAGUGUGGGAGGGUGAACAGUACUGGCAGUGAAGCCAGCAAAAUGGAUGGGUUUUUGAAACUGAAGAUGAUGAAGGUGCCAGACUUUGCAGAAUGGUCAGCUACUCUUGAUGAUGACUGCAGGCAGCAGUGUUUACAGAAUUGUUCAUGUAUAGCUUAUGCAUAUGAUAUUGGCAUGGGGUGUAUGUCAUGGACUAGAAACUUAAUUGACACAAACCAAUUGUCCAGCAGCAGAGUUGAUCUUUACAUUCGUCUUGCCUAUUUAGAACUUGAUACAGAGGGAGAUUCCAAAAAAAUUGUCACAAUCACAGUGGUAAUAGGAACAGUUUUCAUUUCAAUCUGCACUUUCGUAUUGUGGAGGUGGAUAGCUAGACAUAAAGCAAGGAAAAAGAAAGCAAAGGGAAUCUUAUUGUUGAAGAGAGGGGAAGCACAUAAAACAUUUCCAAAUGAAAACAUGCUUGUAGAAAACCUGAACCAAGUUAAAGUCCAGGAGCUGCCGCUAUUCAAUUUUGAGAAGCUGGCGAGUGCAACAAACAACUUCCAUCAAUCUAACAAGCUUGGGCAGGGUGGAUUUGGUCCUGUAUACAGGGGAAUAUUGUCAAAUGGGCAAGAAAUUGCAGUAAAAAGACUUUCCAAAACCUCUGGACAAGGGUUAGAAGAAUUUAUGAAUGAGGUGGUAGUAAUUUCUAGACUCCAACAUCGGAAUCUUGUUAGGCUCCACGGCUGUUGUGUUGAAGGAGAAGAGAGGAUGUUGAUUUAUGAAUACAUGCCAAACAAAAGUUUGGAUGCAUUUCUCUUCGAUCCACAAAAAGAAAAUCCGCUAGAUUGGAGAAAACGCUUCAACAUUAUUGAAGGAAUUGGUCGAGGUCUACUUUACCUACAUAGGGAUUCUAGAUUAAGGAUUAUUCAUAGAGAUCUAAAGGCAAGUAACAUCUUGUUGGAUAAAGAGCUACAUCCAAAAAUAUCAGAUUUUGGUACUGCUCGGAUUUUUCGAGAAAAAUCAGAUGUCUUUAGUUUUGGAGUGGUGUUACUAGAGAUAGUUAGUGGAAGAAAAAACACUAGCUUUUAUAAUGAUGAGCAGUCCUUGAGCCUUUUAGGACUUGCCUGGAAAUUGUGGAAUGCAGACAACAUUGUCACAUUAAUAGACCCGAUGAUAUAUGAACCUUGCUUUGAAAUGGAGAUUUUGAGGUGCAUACAGGUUGGGCUGUUAUGUGUCCAAGAAUUUGCUAAAGAUAGACCACCUGUAUCCGUUGUUGUUUCUAUGCUUAAAAGUGAGAUUGCCAAUAAUCUACCCCCUCCAAAGAAAUCAGCAUUCACUAAAAGGAGCAUUGGCUUGGAUACAGAGUCCUCUCAACUCAUCCAAAGUAAAUGCUCUGCUAACAAUGUUACUAUUACAAUGGUUCAAGGUCGAUAGCUUGCAAGUGUUCUUGAAAUAAUGACUUUGUUAUUAUAUAUACACUAGUUGCUAACCCGUG